AUGAGAGUGGCCCUCCUGGCCUUAAGACUGAUGUGCUUGGCCUGGUUGUGGCCUGUCACUCAGCUCAACAGCAGCCACUUCCCCAACAAGAGGAGACACAAGGAGCAGUACGUAGGAGAGAACACCAAACCAAAGUAUGGAGGACGGGUGGAUCUUAAAAUGAAAAAGCUGGACAGCACCAAGUCUCUGCUAAUUAAAUCUGAGCAGCUGCUUCGGAUUGAAGACCAUGACUUUGCAAUGCGCCCCGGCUUCGGAGGUUCAGCUAUUCCUGUCGGCAUCGACGUCCAGGUGGAGAGCAUUGACAGCAUAUCUGAAGUCAACAUGGACUUCACCAUGACUCUCUACUUGAGGCAUUACUGGCAGGACGACCGCCUGGCCUUCCCCUCCAGCAACAACAAGAGCCGAACCUUCGACGCGCGGCUCGUGAAGAAAAUUUGGGUUCCAGACGUGUUUUUUGUCCACUCCAAGCGCUCUUUUAUCCAUGACACAACCAUGGAGAACAUCAUGCUGAGGGUUUAUCCUGACGGCAACAUCCUCUACAGUGUGAGGAUCACUGUGACUGCACUUUGCUCAAUGGACUUCAGCAGUUUCCCUCUGGACACCCAGAACUGCUCUCUGGAGCUGGAGAGCUAUGCUUACAACGAGAACGACUUGAUGCUCUACUGGAAGAACGGGAAUGAUUCAUUGAGGACUGAAGAGAUUGUGCUCUCUCAGUUCUUUGUUGAAGACUUCCAGCCUUCUUUUGGCCUUGCCUUCUACAGCAGUACUGGUUGGUACAAUCGGCUCUACAUAAACUUCAUUCUCAGGAGGCACAUCUUCUUCUUCAUGCUUCAGACGUACUUUCCCACCAUGCUGAUGGUGAUGCUGUCCUGGGUGUCUUUCUGGAUAGACAGGAGAGCCGUACCUGCCCGAGUCUCCCUGGGCAUCACCACGGUUCUGACAAUGUCCACCAUCAUCACUGGUGUCUCAGCCUCUAUGCCACAGGUGUCUUAUGUCAAAGCUGUAGACAUCUACUUGUGGGCAAGCUUCCUGUUUGUCUUUCUGUCCGUCAUCGAAUACGCCGCCGUCAACUAUUUCACCACAGUAGAGGAGAUGAAGAAGCUCAAGAGGGCGAAGAUCCCCAGCUCCUACAACGCCACUCAGGCUAUGGUCUACGACGGCUGCUUCCACGACAACGACAUCGACCUGGCAUCUUUCACGGAGGUCGCCAGCACCCCAAAUACCGAGAGGAACACCCAGUCUCGAAACUCCACUGUCUCUGGACCCACAGAAGGCACCAGGCUACGACGCAAGCAAUCGCUAAAAAAGAACCUCAGCUUUAUAAUGAGCAACAGCUACAUGAUCGACUCGUACUCCAGAGUCAUCUUUCCUCUCGCUUAUCUGCUCUUCAACAUCAUUUACUGGAGUUUGUAUGCAUAG